GCCCCAACUUUUUUCAGUUUCCUCGUUGAAUUCUCUCUCUCCUAUAUAUAUAUAUAUAUGUAUGUAUGUAUGUAUGUAUAUUAACAUAAUAUCCCCCUCCCCCACUGUGUGGACCUCACCCUUUUCAGCUUCUUAAUUAGCUGUAAGUACAACUCAUACAUAAAUUCCCUUUUAUAAUUUUCAACUACAAAUUAAGCCAGCCACCGGUCGCAAACUAAUAGUAUUACUGCUCUCAGACCCUCAUCUACACAGACAAAUUAAGAGAGACCAGAUGAACAGUUUUGAAUCUCAAAGACAAGAUCACUCCUUGAAAGGGAGAUGGCAAGACAGAAGAUUCCCUAACAUCAACACCCCCAGAUUUGUUGGUGCUUCAAUCCCACCUCACUCUUCUACACCCUUGAUCUUGUCCUCUAACCCUAAUGACGCUACCAAACACUUCCAGCGUUUCCCUGCUCUUGAUGAUGAUCUUGUUUCCAGCGUCGUCCCCCCAGUGACUGUGGUGCUUGAAGGCCGUUCCAUCUGUCAGCGCAUCAGUCUCCAUAAGCAUGCAAGUUACCAUAGCCUUGCAAAGGCUCUCAGGCAAAUGUUUGUGGACGGAAACGACGAUGGAGUCAUCUCGGACAAUGAUCUUGAUCUUUCCAAUGCUGUUCCUGGUCACCUCAUUGCCUAUGAAGACAUGGAAAAUGAUCUUCUUCUCGCUGGAGACCUUAAUUGGAAGGAUUUUGUACGUGUGGCUAAGAGAAUUCGGAUACUGCCAGCGAAGGGGAAUUCAAGGAGGGGAAGAGGGGCAUAGUUUGUUGGGCUAAUUUUGGCUUCUUUAAACUUGAGUAUAUGCUGUAUUUGUCAAGGAAGAACUUACAUGUGUGAAAACAUAAAGAAAUUAAGAAAGAAAAGAAGCAAAUUAAGCUCUUUAAUUUGAUUCCUUAACUGGGAAUGUAUUUUUCUUAUAGCUAAUUCUCAUAUCUAGAGUUCCCUGUAGCCUUGUCCUUUUUUUGAAAAUAAAACAACUUUUUCCAUAUGGAGCGACUGUUCUUCUGCUUCUUCUCUAGGGUAUCUAAAUCGGAAAUUCUAAAUCAAGUGACCAAUGUUUAAGUUGGCUCGUUGAGUCAGUAUAUGAUUCAAAUCCUUUGUUUGUA